CCUCUCCGCCCCAUUUGUCUUCGCCUCAGUCUCCUCUUUCCUCUCCCAGGCGAGAGGACCAGCGGAGGCACCUCUCCCCGAGUCUUAGGCUGCAGAGUCUAAGACUUAGAGAGAGGAGCCUGGGAGGAGAUAGACUUUUUCUCCCCUUUUCCCAUCCCUUCUUUUUGCCCAGAGAGGCAAAUAGAGGCGCGGAGCUUUAGAAAGUUGAGUGGUCAAGAAGGUAGGUGCUUCCUUUUUCUCCUCGCGCCGAGGUGGGGCUGGGACCUCCGGACCCAGCUUCUUAACCUCGCGAGGAGCACCUUUUCCGGCUCUAGCAGCCGAUGCUCUUCGGAGCUGCUCUCUGCAGAGCCAGAGGGUGGGUCGGAUUCGCCGAGUGUGUGUGAGGAUGGAUCGCAGAUCCCGAGCUCAGCAAGGGCGCCGAGCUCGCCACAGUUACAACGAUCUGUGCCCACCCCUAGGCCGCCGGGCAGCCACCGCACUCCUCUGGCUCUCCUGCUCCAUUGCUCUCCUUCGCGCCCUCGCCACCUCCAGCGCCCGCGCCCAGCAGCGCGCGGCUGCCCAGCGCCGGAGCUUCCUUAACGCCCACCACCGCUCCGCCGCCCAGAUAUUCCCCGAGCCCCCCGAAUCCGACCACGAGCACGAGGAGGCAGACCUCGAGCUCUCCCUCCCCGAGUGCCUGGAGUACGAGGAAGAGUUCGACUACGAAUCCGAGACCGAGUCUGAAAUCGAGUCGGAGACCGACUUCCAGAGCGACCCUGAGACCGCCCCCACCACUGAGCCCGAGACCGAGCCCGAGGACGAGCGCGGCCCCGUGGUGGCCAAGCGCCGCACCUUCGACCAGUCUCUCACUGAGCGUCUCAACGCCCUGAGGUUGCAGAGCCCCGACGCCUCCCCGAGUCGCGCGCAGCCCAGCACUCGGGAGUCUGAGAGCCCCAGACAAGGGGAGGAGCCCGAGCCCGAGGACAAGGAUCCGAGGGACCCCGAGGAGUCUGAGCAGCCAAAGGAGAAGAAGCAGCGACGGCGCCGCUGCAAGCCGAAGAAGCCCACCCGCCGCGACCCAUCUCCGGAGUCUCCUUCCAAAAGGGGACCCAUCCCCAUCCGGCGUCACUAAUGGAGGACGCGCCCCAGAUUCUCCUUGUUUUCUUUGAC